UGGAUGUACUAUGACUUAUGAUGAAAUAAAGAAGGCAGAUAAGAGAGCAUUUGUAAUGAAAAACUGUGAAUUUAAAGAAAUCGGUGCGGUAGGAUGUGAAAAAGGAGUAGUUGAAUUUAAGUCAACAGAAGAGCGGAUAAAAAUAACGAAUUUAUUUUUUGCUGCGGAUAUUAAUGUAGAUAAUUUUGCAAAAUUGGGAAUGUCAAUAGGAAGUAUGGAAAAUAAAAAAUCUAAUUCUGAAACUAGUGGUUCUUAUCAUUUUAUAAAGCACGCUAAAGCUUCUUUAGAAUUUACUAAAUAUUUAGAACCAACUCCAGAUUUUAUUAAAGAAGUAGAGGACGCUACAAAUUCUAAAGACCCUGCUGAGAAAUUUAACCAAAUAAUUGAGGAAUAUGGUUACUUCAUUCCAACAAAGGUUAUUUUAGGUGGUAGAGUUCAUUUUAAUGAACAUAUUUCAUCAACUGGAAAGUUUACAGAACUUUCGAAAGAAAUUGCUAUGAGUACAAAUGCGGGAGGGAUUUUGGAAGCAAAUAUGUCAAGUACUUCCAAUUAUUCAGAAGGAAAGUCAAACUAUCAAAAAUUUAACUGUACAAAAUUGAUUGGAGGAGAUCAAAAUCCUAUUGAAGAAUUUAAAUAUCGUUUAGAAGAAUUUGGAAGGCCAAAAAAAUUUGAAUUAAAAAAUAUGCCAUUAAAUAUCAUGAGAGUAAUUCAAAA